AUGGUUAACGGGCUCACCAUUAACCAUGCCAAUGGCAACGGCAAUGGCCAUUCCCAUAUCUCAGAUUCAGGCUCGGAAACGUCUGGUGCCUCCAGCAAUGGCAGUGCCAAUCGUCGCAUUAAAUUGAGCCGCAAAAUGUCCAGUCCCAUGGCACCUCCUUUCAUGGUAUCAGCACCCGGAAAGGUCAUUGUUUUUGGUGAACACUCUGUUGUUCAUGGCAAGGCAGCCAUCGCCGCAGCCAUCUCGCUGCGAUCCUACCUCCACGUUACCACGCUUUCCAAGUCAAAACGUACCGUCUCUCUUCAAUUCGCCGAUAUCGGUCUUGUUCACACCUGGAAUAUCGACGACCUACCAUGGAACGCUUUCCAACACCCGGACAAGAAGAAGUCAUAUUAUUCUCUCGUGACAGAGCUCGACCCUGACCUCGUCGCUGCGAUCCACCCACAUAUCGAAGUCGUCUCCCCCGACCACCCAGAGGAUAUUCGAAGAGUACAUCACAGCUCAGUUUCAGCUUUCCUCUAUCUCUUCUUAUCGCUAGGAUCGCCAUACUUCCCUCCAUGCCUUUAUACUCUGCGCUCGACGAUACCAAUUGGUGCUGGUUUGGGAAGCAGCGCUUCAGUUUCAGUAUGCCUUGCAUCCGCUCUUCUUCUACAACUGCGAACGCUAUCUGGUCCUCACCCCGAUCAACCCGCAGACGAGGCGCGACUCCAAGUGGAAAGAAUCAACAGAUGGGCGUUUGUGUCAGAAAUGUGUAUUCAUGGAAACCCUUCAGGUGUGGACAAUACCGUUGCGACACAGGGUAAGGCUGUGGUGUUCCAACGAACAGACUACACCAAACCACCGGCAGUUCGACCAUUGUGGGAUUUCCCCGAGCUACCUUUGUUGCUGGUAGACACUCGACAGUCCAAAUCCACCGCACACGAGGUCGCCAAGGUUGCGAAGUUGAAACAAACACACCCUAAGCUUGUAGGCACCAUUCUUGAUGCUAUGGAUAAGGUUACCGAUGCUGCUUCCGAACUCAUUCAGGACGCGGCUUUUGAUAAGGAUUCAGAAUCGGAUCUGAGCAAGCUUGGUGAGCUUAUGACUAUCAACCACGGAUUACUUGUAUCACUGGGCGUUUCCCAUCCUCGUCUGGAAAGAGUCCGAGAACUGGUCGAUCACGAAGGCAUCGGGUGGACAAAGUUGACGGGUGCUGGUGGUGGUGGAUGCUCCAUCACACUUUUACGACCUGAUAUUGACGCGGAGAAAUUGCAGAAGCUUGAAGGACAACUCGAAGCCGAAAACUACGCCAAGUUCGAGACUACUCUUGGAGGUGACGGCAUCGGUGUUCUUUGGCCAGCUGUUCUGAAGAAUGGCACAGAAGAAGAUGACGAGGGUGGAAUGGAGAUAGAUCGUGAGAAGUUCCUCGAAGCAGAGGGCACCGAAGGUGUUGAGAAGUUGGUGGGAGUUCAUGGCGAUACUGGAGAAAGAGAGGGAUGGAAGUUCUGGCGAGUUGAAACCCGGUAA